AAUGAGAUGUCUAUCUUCUGUUUCCUUAUUUUUUUUCAGGAAAGCAAAGGGUUGUUGACUUCCUCCCUCUCCCCUCCCUUCCUUCCUUCUUCCCGAAGGUACUCAUCUGAGAAAAAGAGAACGAAGUAUUGUUCCUGUUCUCUUUCUUAAGUCAUUUGAAACACUGUCCCUGCGAGUUCUUUACGUUCCCUGCAAUCUGCACACGAGAAAAAGAGGGAGAGAGAGGGAGAGGCACAGAGAGAGCAGGGGACCAGGUAAAGCACGGGGGCUGCUGCAGCCACUCAGACUCAGGAGCUGGCCUCACUUAAACCUCAUCCUCUGAUGGCAGCUGAUGGUAAGUGGGAGAAUGAGAUAACCAGAAGAGCACCACCACCUUCAAUGACAGCAUUUAUGGAGGAGUCACUGUCAAGUUUGGGGCCCGCCGAAAACUCUGCAGGCAUCAUUUCACUUAAUCCCCCCAUUCUAAGAAGAACAUUGCCAAGGAUGCAGAAGGAACUGAAGAUGAUCAAAGAUGAGGAUGUGCCUUUCAACCUGGGAGUGAAGAGGGCCUCCUCUUUCCCCCACUGCCUGCAGCCAGUGGGUUCCCGAGGGAAGGCUCCCCAAAGGCACCACCCCUUCCCAGAUGCUCUCAGGGGCCCUUUCUCCCAGUUCCGGUACGAGCCUCCUCCCGGAGACCUGGAUGGCUGCUACCCAGGGGUCUUUGAAGGAGGAGGGUCCCGGAAACGGAAGAGCGUGCCCACCAAGAUGCCCUACGCCCACCCCUCGGAGGAAGCCCUCCACGCCGAGGACAGCAAACUGCGGGGCCACCCCAGCUUCCCCCUGCUAUUCCCGCAGCCCCCGCGGGCCCCCAAAUACGACUCGCAGAUGAUCGACCUGUGCAACGUGGGCUUCCAGUUCUACCGCGGCCUGGAGCAGCUGGGGGGCGGCAAGCGCGUCAAGCAGGAGCCGGUGAAGCCCAGCGCCAUGUGGCCGCAGCCCGCGCCCGCGCCCGCGCCCUUCCUGCCCGCGCCCUACCCCUUCUACCCCAAGGUGCCCCCGGGGCUCAUGCUCCCCUUCUUCGUGCCCGCGGCCGCCCCGUUCCCCUUCGGCCGGCACCCCUUCCUGCCCAAGCAGCCCCCCGACUCCCAGCUGCUGCCGCCCCCCCGUAAGGCGGAGCCCCCCGAGGGCGGCGAGGAGGCCAAGCAGAAGGUGGAGCGCAUGGACGUGAACGUGCAGAUCGACGACAGCUACUGCGUGGACGUGGGCGGCGCGCAGAAGCGCUGGCAGUGCCCGACCUGCGACAAGUCCUACACGUCCAAGUACAACCUGGUCACCCACAUCCUGGGCCACAGCGGCAUCAAGCCGCACGCGUGCGCCCGCUGCGGCAAGCUCUUCAAGCAGCUCAGCCACCUGCACACGCACAUGCUCACGCACCAGGGCACGCGGCCGCACAAGUGCCAGGUGUGCCACAAGGCCUUCACGCAGACCAGCCACCUCAAGCGCCACAUGAUGCAGCACAGCGAGGUGAAGCCGCACAACUGCCGCGUGUGCGGCCGCGGCUUCGCCUACCCCAGCGAGCUCAAGGCGCACGAGGCCAAGCACGCCAGCGGGCGCGAGAACAUCUGCGUGGAGUGCGGCCUCGACUUCCCCACGCUGGCUCAGCUCAAGCGCCACCUCACCGCACACCGCGGGCCCGUCCAGUACAACUGCUCCGAGUGCGACAAGACCUUCCAGUACCCGAGCCAGCUGCAGAACCACAUGAUGAAGCACAAGGACAUCCGGCCCUACAUCUGCUCCGAGUGUGGCAUGGAGUUCGUGCAGCCGCACCACCUCAAGCAGCACUCGCUCACCCACAAGGGUGUGAAGGAGCACAAGUGUGGGAUUUGCGGGCGGGAGUUCACUCUGUUGGCCAACAUGAAGAGACACGUGCUGAUCCACACCAACAUCCGCGCCUACCAGUGUCACCUCUGCUACAAGAGUUUUGUGCAGAAACAGACCCUCAAGGCACACAUGAUCGUCCACUCUGACGUGAAGCCUUUCAAAUGCAAGCUGUGCGGGAAGGAAUUCAACCGGAUGCACAACCUGAUGGGCCACAUGCAUCUGCACUCUGACAGCAAACCCUUCAAGUGCCUCUACUGCCCCAGCAAAUUCACUCUGAAGGGGAACCUGACGCGCCACAUGAAAGUCAAGCAUGGCGUCAUGGAGCGGGGCCUCCAUUCUCAAGGUUUUGGAAAGGGGAGACUCGCCCUGGCGCAGGCGGGGGUCCUGCGGAGCCUGGAGCAGGAGGAGCCCUUCGACCUGUCCCAGAAGCGCCGGGCCUUCCAGUCUGACGGGGACAGCGCCAGGGGCAGCUCUAGCCACGAAGAGGAGGAGGAGGAGGACCACUGCUACGAGGGGGAGCCGGACAGCCUGGGCCCGGCCCCUGCCCCGCAGAGCAGGCAGCUCUGCGCGCCCCAGGAUCUCUCCACCAAGCCCGAGACGGCCCCCCGGGCGCCCCUGGAAGCCUGCGAGGAAGAAGAGAAGGAGGAGGAGGAAGAAGAGGAGGAAGAAGAGGAGGCCUUGCAGAAGGAAGAACGCCAGGAGAAGAGCAAGGACAGCCUUGGGGCAGAGGGCGGCCAGGAGAGAGAGGGCGCGGGCAGAGAGGAGGGUCCCAGCCUCCGGGUGCUGCAGGGCGCGCGGCGGGGGGCCUCCUUUUCUGAUUACUUGUACUUCAAGCACAGAGAGGAGAGCUUAAAAGAAUUACUGGAGAGGAAAAUGGAAAAACAAGCAGUGCUUUUAGGUAUCUAAGUUGACAGUUUUAGAAUUACACUUGGAAAAUGAGAAGCAGGCAGUUCACAUAUAGCUUUCUGCAUGAGCUGUCAUUUGCUGGCGGCUGGCUCACAUCUUCACAGAUGGCUCCGACUCUGUGAGCAGGGACGUCCUGAGCCAUGGAAAUGCUUCUCGGGUCACUCCGGGCCCUUGGUUUUUAACACGCAGGCAGGUCUCCCCAGUGUUAUUUCUGCCUCUCCAAUGCAAGACGCUGUGCACACACUCCUCUGGGUAUCUAACUGCAGGCCGAUGCUGAGGUGCUUAUAGGAAUUCUCCUUUUCUUUGACUAAGAUACAAUACAUGGUCAAUUUCUUCCAAGUGGCAAAACUAUGGUGCUUGACAUGUUUCCUAAUGAAUGACUGUUUCCUUGAAUGUGUGAAAGUUACAAUAUUUUUCCAGGUGAAAAUAUGAGAAGUUGUAUAUAUCAACAUAAAAGUUACCUUUAUUAAAAAUAUAUAUAUAUAUGUAUAUAUGCCGGACAUGACACAGGAGUUAAUGAAAAGGAGUGUUCUCGUCUAGUCGUUGCAGAAAUAAGAUAACGUUUCAAGAGAAAAUGAAUAAUUGUGACCAAGGAAAGCCCAGCCGUUCUUGGGUUCCUGCCUGGGUCCAGCCACUUCCAUUGGGUGCGGGGUUAGGAGCCGGUUUGCAGAUGACGCCCAGUGCUGGAGCCCAUGUCCCGAUUGGAGCUCCCUCCUGGAGGCCUUGCUAAAGCAGCUGAAAGAGGAGUUGCCACCCUGGGAGCAGCUGGCUUCUCCUUGGGGCUAGAGCUGGGGCAGUCGGGGAAGGCUCCUCCCUGAAGUUGAAGGUCUGACUUGUUUGGAGAAUUAGAAUGGCCAGCAGCCGGUCGCCAGCAGGGGAGAGUCUGGGCUGUGUUCCCAGUGCGCCUGCACAUUAGUGUCAGCGCAGGGAGCCUUUCUAACAACACCUCCUGUGGGCCCGCAGCGUCCGAGACCCUGAUGGAAUUGGCCUGAGUGGAGCCCUGCUUCGCUCAUUUUCUAAAUGGCCCCAUGAUUCUUCUGUGCAGCCAGGGUUGAGAAGCACGGACUGGGCUAAAAUAGUGACUCCCAGGACCCCCUCCCAGGGACUCCAUGAAGAUUUCUGUGUCUGGCUUCAGACUCAUUCGGAGAGAGAGCAGAAGACCUAGGAAUCACACUGCUGACCUGGGCUUUUCACCUGUUCUGGAAGGGACACACACACACACACACACACACACAGUAUGAACACAUGCUUUCUAUAUUUCAAGAUGAUGCCUGAGAUGUUUAAGGUCACUUAAUAUGUUUUUAAAGCACAUAGCCAAUUUAUAGUGACUAAUCACGUCUUCCUAGAUGCUUGAAUCCUGACUCCAGUGAGUGCCGAUGAUCAUAAUGGGUGGGCCGAGCCUGCAGGUAGGCUUCCCUUGGGCAUGGCACCGAGUAGCGCAGUACUGACAGGACGUCACUUACGUGUGGCUGACCAUAAGCAGGAACCCGCUGGUACUGUGUCUGUGUUUAUGUAAAAACUGCCUCUAGGUUGGUAGUUUCAACUCUUAUUUGUAGAGCUAGGUACUGUUUGUUAUUUUGCUUCCUCUCCUCCCAAAGUCCCCGAUACAUUUCUUUAGAAGAUCUGGCCCAUCUUUGACUGCUGGGUGCUAGCUUUUUCUCUUGGCCACGGUGCUUCCCCAUCAGCCUCAUCUCAUUCUCAUCUUUCUCCCCGGGUGCUUUGUCAAUUCCUGAUGCCUUUCUCCUGCCACUGUGCCUAAAGCUCCUCCCUUCAGCCUCACUACCGCCCAGUGCCAAAGCUGCUUAAGCUUCCAUGCCCUCAGGUCAGAGCCUCUGCAAAGGGAUGCUGAAGGUUAGUGUGGCUUCUACAGUUACAAACACAACUGUGUGGCCAAGAACCUGUCCCAAGUCCUCAGAGGGGCAACUUGCCGUCCACUCAUUAUUAAUAUGGCUCAUUGAUGCCCUGCUGAACUCACCCAGGAGGUGGACCAUGCGGUCUGUGAGGUCCCCGGCUCUUAGGGUCCUGGUCCAUACUUAACUCUUUUAGCAGUUGUGGGUGGAGGAGCUACUCUGAGGGCUGCAGACUUCCAGUUUGUUCUGGGUUUGGCUAGCUGGAACAGGAACCAGGGCAUCUAGAAUAGCAAGUUCUAGUCUGUUCUAACCAAAAUGGAUCUCGUGGGAAUGUUUGAGGAACAAGGUCAUGUUGAGAUGGAGAGGGUGAGGUCCAGGAGAGUGGUUUUCACAUGGUCUAUUGGGGCGCCCCUCCAGGGCUGCAAGGGAGAAGAGAGGCUCUCAGCAUGCAUGCCCAGGUCACUCAGUGUGGUUCAGAUUUCGUCUGUUCUACUCGUUAGACUUCUCAGGAAAAUUUAAUUUGCAGGGAGAAGGAGGUCCAAGGGAAGUAGUAAAAAGUUGUUAUGGAGCAUAUUCUAAGGCCUGUGUAUAGUUCGUAACUCUGAGUAGGAGAUAUUUAAUUAGCUCUAUCCCCAUGGUUAGUAUACACUGACCUUCUGAGAACCAAGGUUAAAAUGUUGGUUUUGUAUGUUUUUUGAGUGACCAGCAUCUGGUUUGCCCAGGACAAUCCUGGUUUAUACCUGUUGUUCCAGGGUGAUUACCAGUAGUGUCACCUAAACUCUGAAAAUUAUCCCAGUUUGGAUAAUAAAUUACACGGACACCAAUGCCUAGGUGCAGAGUUCAGGAGAGAGUUAGCCAACCCUGCCUAAUGAGCUAAUUAAUCAGAAUGAAACCAUGUAGGAGAGCCUCCGAGUCCAUCCUCACAGAACCUCAGGGAUGAUAUCAUCCAGGGUAACCAGCACUCCAGGGCCAGGACAGCAUGACAUUCAUCACAUUGUGACACUCUGAAAAGAGGCCACUGCCAGAUGCUUUCCAGGCUUUUAACCACUAUCACUUUGAACCGAAAAACUGACCAGCCCUGUGGCAUAUUUUUCUUUUCCUUUCCAUUCAGGCCUAUCACUACCUCCUCUUAUGCCUUUCAAAUCUUGUACUCUUUCUUU